UGACCGGGGUCACGGCGCGAUACCAACAGGUGAUGCCGAAGAAGGAGGAGGACACUCCCUCGAGCGGCAUCUCGUCGAGCGUUUCCCACGGGUCUCGCCGCCGACGACGACGGUGAUUUAAUAUCGCUCUCUCUCUCUCUCUAUCUCUCUCUGGAGCCUACCGCCCUGUAUAUCCUACGGAUUGCCGACUAUCAGCCAGAAUCCAUCCAACCGGGACUCACCGUCAGGAUAGACCCACAGGAGGUCGCAACCAUUUAACUCCGAGCGGAAUGCGGGAGGAAAAUCAGGCGAGAAACGUCGACGAAAGACGCGGCGAAAGUUUCGAUCGGUCGAUGAUUUAAUGGACAGGCCGUUCAUAUAGUGAACUCCCCGAUUGCAAUUCUUCUGACGCAGCUUCGCGCGCGCCCGUUCUACCCGCGAGAGCCACCGGACGUACUCCGGGAUGUAGUUACGCGGUUGACACGAGCGCGGGAGCGACGUGUGGACGUGCGAUGAUUGAGUGUUCCCUCCCACGCGCUAGAUUCUGACAAGAAUCUGGGAUCGUAUGUUUCUGAGGCCUAAGGAUUUGGAAAACGUGAGGGAUGCCACAAGGAAGCAUUCAAUGGCAGGGGACGCAGAGAAGAGCCUGCGGGCCUGGGGCUAAUUGGAACGUGCAGGUGGUGAGAGGCAAGGUGACAACGCGGUGCUUGUGGCACGCCUGCAAAGCUCUCGGAAUUGGGCUACUGCUAAUGCUUUUAGGAGCUUGCAUGGCGACCAUAGGAUAUUAUGCAGAUCAGCUGUCGGUGGCGCAAGAGAUCAGAGGUAAUAUCACGGUAAAAGUGAAGAACGAGUCGCGAGGGUUUCACCUGAAUAAUCUGAGCUACGCUGGCCCUGUAGUUAUGGGUCUGGGAGGCUUCAUUGUGGUAGCUGCCUGUGUGAUGACUUUCGAAGCGCGCGACAGCGCGGCUAAGGUGGUUCCAGCUCGCUAUCGAUACAACCAGGCAUCAACAGUAAGGAGUUCGAAAAGCCAACGCAACAGAAGGUCGACAUCGAGCCAGACAACAAAAUGGGACCAUCAGCUGGGCUUGUUUAGGGUGAACCGCAGCCCGAGUCCCAGUACGCACGAAGUCUCCAGGAAACAGCUGACGGCGGAGUUUAUGCAGUUCUCAAAGGAUCUACGAGAGAAAGGCAUAGCGCACUCCAUAAAGAAGAGCCCGAGCGCACCAACGUUAAUUGACAAGAAGUCACCGCGUCGAAGAUCGCCUAAAUACGCUGGUUGUUCGCUACUUAAUCCAGAGUUGCUACAGAGACACGCUCUUUCGGUCGACAAUCCAAGCUACAGUCCGCAGAUCAGCAGAGAAAGUCUGGAGCAUCAAAAGAUGAGUGGUAGUCAAGUCUCAAUGGCGAUGGAUCUGCAUAUUCCGAACAAAGGUCCUGUUACGCUCAAAGUGAAGGACCGAUCCGACACAGCGAGACGACAUCAGCUGCUUCGUCAAACAAAAGUGGAAGACGUCGAGGAAGUCGAUGAAGCUGUGCGACCACCACCGACUCUCGUGCACUCGCCUAAAUUGCCAGGUGCCUAUUGCAGAUAUCCAGACGACUUUGUGCCAAGAAAAAGAAAUUCGAUAGACCUGAGAUUAUUGGAAGAAUUGACGGUGGUAACGAAAGAAUUUAGUAAGGCCUCGCCACGAGACUUCCGCAAAAUAUCCUCGCCAAAUUUCCGUAAAAUGUCCUUCGACAGAAUCGGGGGUGAUCGUCGCUUCGACAGAACGAUGGGAUAUCGAAAAGCUAGCUUCGAGUUUCGAAGAAGCCCAGAUUUUCGAAGAGGAGACUAUAGGAAACUCUCGGUAGAUAGAUUCAGCGUCGAUUGUACCCGAUACAUGUUUGACGAGACAGAAAUGAAGUCACGAACGAGCAGCGGGGAGAAUUUGCGAAGGCAAUCGCGUCAUCCUAAACUACAUCAUUCCAGAUCGGACGACAAUAGACGGCGAUCUUUCGACAGGCAUUCGAAGGAUCCACAGUCGAGUCGACAUUCCCUGAACACUCAAGCCAUUAUGAGUUCCGGAUCCGAUUGCGAGCCAAAAUACUUUACGACAGUGUCCCUCGACACCGAGGAAAGCCGUGGCGACAAUUCUGAUGAGAGUCACGUUGUAGACAUCGAGGAAGCGAAUGCCAGCGCUUUGUCUGACGGACCUACGGAGGGUGACAUGCUGCUCGAAGAACCGGAAUUGGAGAACGUCACGGAGAUCGACGUAGAAAGCUCGGGAGACGAUCUCGAAGAAAAUGGGAAAACCGAAUCGCGCAGAUCGACGAGCGAGAGGACCGAUACGACGUUACGAGGACAAACUCCCAUAAUUAUCGCCGACGACAUGGAUUCGCAGACGAUAGUUGAGGAAGCGUCACACGAUUCAGAGCAAAUCAAGCGUAAUAAGAAAUAUGAAACGACCUUGUAUAUAGAAGAUGACGAAGUGUGAAGAGCCGAAGAGAUUUUUGAGGAUUAUAACACUCAGGCCAUCCCGAGAAAAUAACGACGACGUUUGCGAAGUAAGGGAAUCGAUGGUGUUGGAUUGUUAACAAUGUUUCUUCGCAAAUGUGAGAAGAUCACGUAAGGAUUCAGCGAUGAUUGUCGAUCGAUCGCAAUUGUCUUCGAAUACAACGUCACGUUAUGAAACAUGCUCAACGACUUAAAACUUAACACAUAAAUAAAAAAAAACACGAGAUCACGUACGAAUUGCGUUUUGUAACGAGACAAUCAUUUUUUUAUCAGCAUCUCACUUUGCCUUUCGCGCAAAGGUAACGAGGGUGUAACAUUUGCCACAUUGAUGACAAAUAAUUAUUAUCCGACAAAUUUUGACGUAGCGCAUAGGCGGUAAUAAACCGGACAUAUAAGGUAUAAGAUUCGUUGAAAUGCAAACAUGAUUAACCAUACCAAAGAGGUUUUUGUACGGGAAAUAUACAACGUUCGCCUGUAAAUACGUUUCAGACUAACUCGUUCGGACGUUUGUUGAUGUGUCAAAUCUCUGAUGAUAAAAUCAGAGGAAUAUAUGUAGCGCGAUUCAAAAUGAAUCUUGUACGGUAGAAAACAGUGUUAUUAGAAUACAAAGUGUCUCAAACGGCGCAUUUGUUCUCAGCU